AUGCCCUCCAAAGCCAAGGUCCUCUCAACCAAGCUUAUCGCCAUUAUUACCAAAGGCAAACGUACUGUGAAAGUGGGAUAUGUGGACAAAACAGAGGCCUGGAAACGGAAUUAUCUGAGUCCGGAUAUGCAAAAGAUGUUCAAAGAGACUGCAGAACAACACCUGCUCACCUUGCGAGGGGAUACUGACAUGAUAGCUCUUCGGGAGACUCCCCAUACGAGCAAAUCUGAUCAACGCUCACAUAUCACUGCAGUUGAGCUCAAUAUCCAGGGCGAAGUUACUGAAACGCACCACUUCCCUGUUGAAUAA